CCGACUAGACUACAACGGAUAUGUUUCGAAUAUGUAAAAUUAUUUUGACCUUAAAAAAAGCUCAACCCUGUGAGAACCUCGAUUGGCGAGGUGCAGCAACUCGAGCAGCCAUGGCGGGGAUGGGCGACGGGUACGUGGGGACGGCGGCGGACGGGGCGCGGAUUCGGCGGCUGGAGAAGCAGCGGGAGGAGGAGCAGGCCAAGAUGGAGGAAUUACGGAAGAAGUCGUCGCAGGGCCUCCAGGGGCUGCUGCAGUUCGGGACCGCCACGUCAGAGACGCUGGAGACGGCGUUCAAGAAGCAGACGGUGGGGCUCGUCACGCGCGAGCAAUUCGUCGAGAAGAGGGCAACGCUCCGCAGCAAGAUGGAGGAGGAGGAGCGCGAGGCCAAGCAGCGACAGGCGGAGGAUGAGGAGGAGAAGCAGAUGGAGAAGCGGCGCCGGAGAAGGGCAGUCGCACCCACUGCCAAGCUGUCGUUCCUCGAUGAGCUGGAGGAGGAGGAGGAAGGGGAGGGGGAGGAUGGGGAAGAUGGGGAGAAGGGGAGAGAGCAAGAGGCACGAGCAGAGAACGGGAGCAGCAAGCAUGGCAGGGAGGCAGCAGGGGCGGCGCGGAAGAAAGCAAAAAUGAGCAAGUUUGGGAAAGACCCCUCUGUGGAAACGAGCUUUCUACCAGACAGGGACCGAGAGGCACAGGAGACAGCAGAGAGGGAGAGGCUGGCCAAGCAGUGGAUGGCAGAGCAGGAGAGGAUAAAGAACGAGCCGUUGGAGAUCACUUACAGUUACUGGGACGGCGCGGGACACAGACGAGUCAUCAAGGUGCGCAAGGGCGACAGCAUAGCGGACUUCCUGAGAGCCGUGCAGCAGCAGCUGGCGCCGGACUUCAGGGAGGUGCGGUCGGCGUCGGUGGAGGGUCUCGUGUAUGUCAAGGAGGAUCUCAUCAUCCCGCACCAAUACACCUUCUACGAGCUCAUUAUCAACAAGGCCAGGGGGAAGAGUGGACCGCUGUUCCACUUCGAUGUGCACGAUGACAUCCGCACCACAGGGGAUGCUACCAUAGAGAAGGAUGAGUCCCAUGCGGGCAAGGUGGUGGAGAGGCACUGGUACGACAAGAACAAGCACAUCUUUCCAGCUUCUAGAUGGGAGAUAUACGACCCGGCAAAGAAAUGGGACCGAUACACCAUCCACGGCAACUGACACCAACCAAUCCCGUACCUUCCAGUGCUCUCGUUUUCCUCUUCUACCGGCCAUCAUCGCACUCACGCCUGUACACUCCCAUUAUCCAUUCACACUAACCUUGUUACACCUAGAAAUGGAGACUGCUGCAUUUAUGGCAGAAACUAAACUACACUGCAUGUCAAUUGUGACCCAUUAGAGUAACUUGUCCAUACGUGGCUGCAUUUGAA